AUGUCUGCCAACAAGGAAUCUGCUGCUUGGCCUCUGGCUGAUGCGGCCCUGACCCAGGAGAUCCUCGAUCUGCUCCAGUCGGCCACUCACUUUCGCCAGGCCAAGAAGGGUGCCAACGAGGUCACCAAGGCCCUGAACCGCAACACCUGCGAGAUCGCGAUCCUUGCCGCGGACGCCAACCCGCUGGCCAUCCUGCUGCACAUCCCGCUUCUGUGUGAGGAUAAGAACACGCCGUAUGUGUUUGUGCCGAGCAAGGUGCAGCUUGGCCGCGCCUGCGGUGUCAGCCGCGCCGUGAUUGCGGCCAGCAUCAACACCAACGAGGCCAGCGACCUGGCCGGCCCGAUCAAGGCUCUCAAGGACAAGGUCGAGCGUCUGGCCAUCUAA